CAUUUCGUUUGAAUGUUGACUGUCAUUCCUUGCGCCCUAUCGCCUACACAGCUAGGACGGCAGCGCAUGCGCUUCACGUUUGCACAUAACUGACAUUCCUCACCAUAUCUGCCGUCUGCGGAUGCACUUAAAAUGCCCCCAGCACACGACGCUGCGAGUUUUGUUGCCGUUAGCAAUACAACAGCAAAGAUCUGUGCUUUAGAUUCAACAGGAAAGCCAACCUAUACUUGGCAGGAGAGCGGACAGCAAUCGCAGGGCAGCGUCAACUGGCUUCGAAAUGGCAAAGCGUUUCUCACGACGCAAGGAGGAAACGUUGUUAUUCACUUGCUUGAGAAACUAAAGGAAAAGGCCACCGUCGUUCUUUCCUUGCCGGCGGGACCGCUUUUGGCCCGUGUAAGCGGCGAUGGGAAGUGCCUAGUCCUUGUCCAAAGCGGCGUCCCCGGAUCCGUCCAUGUCUAUGACAUCCCAGCGCUUUUGGGUACCGGGUCAGCUGCAACCAAUCUGCCGGUCACACUUCAGGACCAUGAUAAGGCCAUUCUGGCACUUGCGGCGUCUCCCGGGACUACGCAUGUAGCAUCUUCCAACGCCGCCGGCUCCGUCUACCUCCACGAGGCGGGGUCGGGAGUGCGCCGCACCCUGGCGGCACUGCCCUGCGGCAACACCACCCUAAUGACGCCCAAGCGCUGCCUGGCCUUCUCCCAAUCAUAUAAGCCCCUUAGGCUGGCAGCAGGCGCUGAUGACGGACAGGUGCUGGUGUGGCAGGUGGCGCCAGCGCUGCAAGGAGGCCCAGUAGCCGUCCCGAGCAAGUUGCGAGGGCGCGUGAUGGGUGUGGGCUUUGCAGCAUUCAACAAGACGCCCUCCGCGGUGCUGCUGAGCUGCUCGGAGAAUGGCCAGCUCUCGGCAGUUGACUUGCGCCCUUUCCCCAACCUCCAGGCCGGGAUCUCGGUGGAGCUCAGCGUGUCGGUGUCCUGCAUGGCGGUGCGGGAGGAUGGGCAGGUGGUGGCGGUGGGGACGAAAGAUGGGCGGAUCGGCUGCUUCAGGACGGAGGAACUGAUUACCAAUCGACAGAACAUGACCAAGCUGGGCCUCAUCAAGGUGUUUGACCUGUGCACGCACCUGGACGUGGUGGACAUUGCCUUCCAGCGAGUCAGCCACAAGGAGGCUCGGGACGUCGCACCCUCCACCCCGCCCUCAUCCGCUCCGGCGGCCGAGUCGGCUGCUGCACAGCCCGCAGCAGCUGCAGACCGGUCACAGCAAUCCACACAGGAGGCGAGACAGCACAGCGCCGGGUCUGCCUCCGUGGCGCCGGCUGCUAACGGGGGAGCAGCAGCCGUAGCCGCAACCGGUUCAAGCACGGGCACGCACGGGGCCUCUGCUCCCGAGGCGGCUCCGCCCCUAAAGGAGGCGACCAACAACUACUCGGCGCCUGCGGGCCUCCAGCGGCAACCGGGGGUUGCUGGCGGGGCUGGAGGAGGGGGGGGCGGAGGGCAGAGCCUACUAGACAACCAUGAUGCUAAAGCGACGGCAAGAGCAGGGACCACCGCCGGCUCCGCUGCUCCCUCUGGGACGGCAGCGACAGCGGCUGGCCAGCGGCACCAGCCAGCGGCUUCCACGGUUGCCGUCACGGGUUUGGCGCCUGGCGGCGGUGUCACGGCGAAUGCCUCCCGGCUCCACAACUCCAGUCAAUCCGCAGCAUCCACAGGCCCUGCAGGAACCUCAGGGCAACCUCCUCCACCCGCUUCAGUGCCGACGCCUGCAGCAGCCGUUGUCGUCCCACCACCGCCUUCAUCAUCCUCGUCCCAGCAACCACCGCAGCAGCAAGCUACCUCUGUACGGCCGGUGGUGGUCACACCGCUGACGGUACCAGGCUCCUCCACCCAAGCAGUCAUGCCUGGGCAGCGGCGGCCGUCGGAGGCAGGCGUCGGCCCCGGGGGCACCAGCGGGAUAGCUGCGUCCACAUCGGGUAACGUGGAUGAGCCAGCGGCGGCGUCACCGGUGGCGGCUCGCGCGAUGGUAGCUUCGGGCGUGUCGCCGGUCGCAUCGCCAUCUAGGGUGCACAGCCCGCGCACCGCCUCCCUGGGCGGUGCCGCUGCCGGCGGCCCCAGCGGCAUCCCGCCUGCCCGGCUGCCCUUCGUAAGCACCGCUGGAGGCGGGGGUGGCGGUGAGGUCAUGUCUGCAGCCGGCAUGCGUGCCUACUUGGACGACUUCCGCCAGGAGGUGCGAGACCUGGUGCACGGCAUGCAGGCGGACAUGGUACGACAGACGGUGGCGCUGGAGGUAUCACUGGAGACGCAGACGGCGACUCAGUUGGCGGCGAUGCAGCAGGAGAACCGGCAGCUGCGGGAGGACGUGGCGCGACUGACGCAGCUGGUGGAGACCUGCCUGCGCUUCGGACUACUGGGGCAGCAGCGAGGGCCCUGGUGACGCAGCGGGAUGGGGAGCUGGCGGGGACGCGGGAGCCGCACUCGCAGGGCCACAUCAUGCAGGGCCACAUGGCGUCCAUUUGUCUGGCCCUUGUUUUCCCAUGGUUACCGUUGGUUGGUAUAAGUGACGUCGUGCCAAGUAGCGCAUAGGGGCGUAUGCUGCAUGAAUGGGCCGAUUCUCACCUUGACCGCUCAGGAGUUCUGCCGGCAAUGGAGCUCUGCCUGCAUUGAGCCAUGCAUUGACGCCAUGACAUCAAGCCCCAGUUCUAUAUACAAAGACUUCCAUUUGCACGGACCAACUGUCCACAUGUGGUGUGCGUUAAGGUUAAAUGUGGUGUGUGUGCUCAUAACAUAAAUUCGAAGGUUACGUCCUGACGCGGUCGGGGCCCAAUUUGACAUGCAAACAGAGUCUUGUGGGACGUGCGGGGUAACGGCAUGUAUUGCCUAAUUUCCAGCACAAUUACCAUGGCCAUGUGAGCUUCAACAAUAUGUUUUGUGUACUGUCCUAUCACUCCUUGGGAAGGCGUGGGGACCUGGCGUUAUGCUCUAUAGCGCGCGUUCCUGGAAAGGGAAUGCAGCUUCCACGAGACGCACAAAUGCGAUAGCCCUUGCACGGCGUGCUGGGGCCAUGACAGCCCCCAAGUCGGGGGCCCUACCGGCGCAAUCCCGUCUACCCCAGUUGUCGUACAGCGUCAACCUUCAUCGACAGCGCGGUGACGAGAGAGCUUUAAGCGACACCUGGCAACACAUUCGUGCGUGCUGAGACCUGGCAUUAUUAGCAUAUUCCUAAGCUUCUUAUCGUGCCUUUGCAUUCCGCCAAACGUCUCAUCGUCGUACUGUCUUACGAAUAUGGCACGGCUUACACUCUUUUACUCCGUUAACAACUAUCGUGUUCGCCAUACAACUUGUAGUUUAAGCUACAAUUAUAGUAUACACCACCGUUUCCUACCGUCCGUUUGCGCUUAAGCUUAGUCGUCAAUUUGUUAGGUAAUUGCCUUGACAUUAUAUGCAGUAGGUUGGCAUAUAUAGCUGUAGGUCAAUGGCGUUGCUGUUGGUUGGUCUUCGGUAAUCGGCGCGCAACAUUUUGCGGCCGGUCAUCGUCGCUAUCGGCCGUCUGGCUAAAAUCUUGCAAACGAAGGAUUCUAUACUAGAAUGAAGAUAUUACAGCCUAACGCCGCAACAAUCUGCAAUUCUGAGCUCCUACAUGUGCUGGCGGAGCGGGGCGCUGAUGGCAGCGGCAAGGCCCUCCCCGUGGAGCGCAUGGCCUACCAGUACCUCUCCUCCCAGCCCGUGCAGCCGCUCACGGGGGCGCAGCUGAAGGACUUCUUCGCAGCGCUGCAGCCGUACAACCUGAGUCGCGGCGAGCUGCUUCAGCUGGCCAACCUGGCUCCCACCAGCCCCGUGGAGGUGCACCUGGUGGUGGCGGAGUGCGAGAGCAGGCUGGGGGACGGCGGGGUGGAGGCGGUGCUGGAGGCGGUGGGGGCCAGGCUGGCGAGGGAGGGAGGCGGGGAGCAGGGGGCGGCG